CCUGAAGGGUCCGAGGCUCGGUGGGCGUGGCCUGUAAACACUGACCCCUCUUAAAAACUCUGUGCUCGUUUCUCUGAGAACCUCCAGCAUGUUUCUGAGGAGCUGCUGCACCGUCUGGAUUCUGCUGUCAGGCAUCGCUGCUGCUGCAGUGUUUGUGGAGAGGAACGAGGCGAACACGGUGCUGCACAGAUGGCGCCGAGCAAACAGCGGCUUCCUGGAGGAGAUGCAACAAGGAAACCUGGAGAGGGAGUGCAUCGAGGAGAUCUGCAGCUACGAGGAGGCGCGAGAAGUCUUCGAAGACGUCACACUGACGGAAGAAUUCUGGCGUAAAUAUACAAAUGUUGACGUCUGCGAGGCUGAUUGUCAGAACAACGGCACCUGUGUCAACAAUGGAACCUCCGACUAUUGUGUCUGUCCCGAGGGCUUCGGUGGAGAACUCUGUCAGACAGUGGUGGAAGACCUGCUGAAGUGUCUUUACCAGAACGGACAGUGUGAACAUUUCUGUGACGGAUCAGGACAACGUGUCAAAUGUUCCUGUGCUGACGGAUACAAACUGGGUCCGCAUGGACGACAGUGCAUCGCUCAGGUGGAUUAUCCGUGUGGGCGGCUGCCUCCACAGGAAACCACAAACCAGAGUGUUGUGGGUCAGACCCGGCUGGUGGGAGCUAAUCACUGCCCCAAAGGAGAGUGUCCAUGGCAGGUUCUGGUUCAGAGAAAUGGACGAAGUCACUGUGGAGGUGUUUUAAUCAGACCGGACUGGGUCGUCACCGCCGCUCACUGUGUCACCGGGAGAAUCACAGAGGUCACCGUGGUGGGAGGUGAACACAACCUGGACGUGGAUGAGAAGUCAGAACAGAAGAUGGGUGUUUUAGCAUCGAAGGUCCAUGAAAACUACGACCCAGAGACGGGCGACAGCGACGUGGCCUUGCUGAAGCUGAAUCGACCGUUCACCUUGAACCGCCACAUCGUCCCCGUUUGCCUGCCGACCAAAGAAUUUGCGGAGAAGGAGCUGCUGCCGGUCCGCUACCACACCAUGUCCGGCUGGGGCAAGAGGACCAUCGGGGGCAACGUGGAGCAUGGCGCUGUACACGCUGUCCCGGUGUCCCCCAUCCUUCGAAAAUUCUCCAUCCCCAUCCUGCAGAACUCCCACUGCUCCCAGAGAACCCAGUUCAACUUCACCAGCAACAUGCUAUGUGCAGGAUACCUGGGAGGUACUCAGCAGAGUUGCCGUGGAGAUGACGGGAGCCCGCUGAUCACACUUUACGGCUCCACCCACUUCCUGACAGGUGUGGUGGGCUGGGGGCGGGGCUGUCCGCAGCCCGGGUAUUAUGGGGUGUUCGCCAACAUGGCUAACUUCGUGGAGUGGGUGGAGGCGUCAGUGGUGGAAACUGACAAAGCGCUCCUUUCAUUGGAUGCAGCUCUUGAGAUGUUAGAACAGGAACGAGUUUAAUGAAGUGCUGAAGUUAUUUUCUGUUUAAAGAUUUAAUUCUCGAAGUCACAAACAAACAUUAUCACGACUCAGACGUCUCAGUGCUCUAACUGUCCAGUUUCCUCGUCGGGCUUGUUCUGUUUUCACGUGUUGGCGUCAACGGUGUGUGAUAUUUUGGUUGAGAUGUUAAUAAAUGUUUCUGAUUGAUCAGACUUGGAUCUUUAUUGAUCGAUCAGGUGUUUUUCCCACAUGAUCAUAUUUACAGUUUUCUCUUUGGCAUGAAGAAACUGUUGAACAGCCUCCAUCAUCCACACCGGAGAUCCUGCGAUGGCCGCAGUUUGACUGACAGCUCAUUUGAGCAGAUAUGUGCUUAUAUGCCCGCCCUAGAACCUACAACAGCCAAUAAGAUUUCAGAUCCAGUAAUACAUCAUAUCAUAUAUCAUAUCAGUUUUAAAGCAAUAAACUUGGAGAUGAUGAAAGUUCA